AUGUGGGGAAAGCUUAAUCCGAGAUACAUUGGACCCUUUCGUAUCAUUGAAAGGAUUAGGCUAGUGGCAUAUAGACUAGGAUUACCCCCGGAGUUAGAUCGGAUUCACAAUGUCUUCCACAUCUUGAUGCUAAAUAAGUAUGUACCUAAUCUCUCCCAUAUCCUCGAGGCACCUCUGAUUGAGUUGCAGGAAGAUUUGAAGCUUGAGGUGCAACUUGUACGUAUUCUAGACCGAAAGGAUUUAGUGUUGAGGAAUAAGAGCAUCCCAAUGGUUAAGGUGGUGUGGAAGAAUACUCGGAUGGAGGAGAUGACGUGGGAAGUUGAGCAUUAG